UGGCGGAGAGAAGCUAAACCUAUACGAAGAGUGGAGAGUUGCGCGCAGAAAGGCGUGUUGCCGGCGUGCUAAGACUACGAAGCUCAACACUGUGAUAAUUCGAGGUGUUUUGAGAGCAUGGCGCUACUUACUGCUGUGUGUCGUUCGGAGGAAUACGAGUUUCAGAGGCGUCAAUUGGAACUAGUCGUGGACGACACAUUGACAAUGGUAAUUCAGUUCCACGAGAGUUGCCAUGGCUGCAAGAACCUAUGCGGUGUCAAACACAAGGACCAAGAGUGGUUCAUACAGCGUUUCACAGUUCUGUCCAAAGAUGAGCUGGCCGUUGCCAUGAUGGUCACCAGGAAGGAGAUAUUUCAGCUUCUUGCUCAGACGGUCCCCUGUGUGGGCUGUCGGCGCAGUGUGGAGAAGAUGUUUAAUCAGUUAACAGAAUCCGGGCACCCUGCUGUAGAACCGCUGGUAAUCACCCCAUCAGGGGUCCUCUCUGUCAACCACAACUACCUGUUUGACCCCAGGGCCAUGUAUGCAUUAUUCCACAUCCAUGGGGCUAGGUCAUCUGACGUUAUGGAAUCCAUACCAAAGAGCAAGAAAAAUAAGAGAUGUAACCUGCAUUCGCUGGAUACUCAUAAAACCAAAACUUUGGGGGGCUGGCUGGAAAUUUGGGAAGUGAUGUCUACAGAGUGCCAGGAAGAAGUGGUACUCAUAGAUGCUGACAGUCUCCUGGAUACCUUAGAAUCCUACCUCAGAAAACACAGAUUUUGUUCCGAAUGCAAGUCUAAGGUGAUGAGGGCGUACAGCAUCCUGGUGGGUGACCUGGAUCAUACCACAGAGAAGGGCUACUGCCCGGCGCUGUACGAGGGCCUCCGCUACUGCCCCCAGGAGAGGCAUAUCCACCUUCUUUGUGAUACAGACUUCAUCUCUAACCUCAUCACUAGAGCAGAACCUGAAUUGGCUGGCAGUCGGCGUGACCGCCACGCGAAGACCCUGGACAUUGCCCAGGAGGAGGUGCUGACAUGCCUGGGUGUCCACAUUCAUGAACGUCUGCAUAAGAUCGGACAGAAACUGAAAGCAGAGGAACAGUCUUGGCAGAUUCUCUUCUACCUAGGCGUUGAUGCUCUUAAGAAAAAUUAUGAGCUGGCCCUGGAGCAGAAACAGGGUGUGUCUAACCUGGAGCUGAUGUGUGAGGAGCUGUUGGAAGAAGAGAGAGCCAAGGAGCUGAAGAGGGAACAGAAACGACAAAAACGGAAGAAGAAACGAGCCAAACAAACACCGUCCGAACUGGAAACCUGCAUAGAAAACUAUCAAGCCUGUUUGUGUGUCAGUACUGAGAGGAAGAUCCUAACUCCAACAACGAAGGUGGCAUCGGCACAGAGCUGUGGUUACGUGCGGGGCAAGGUGCUGGGGAAGGGGGUAGGGCUCUUACUGAGUGGGAGCAGCGACGCCGGGUACUCGUCAGGCGCAGAGGGCUGCGACAGCUGCAGUAUGCCCAGCUCUAACGACGGGUCCGAAGUGGCGUGCUCAGAUGAGAUAUGUUGUCAUGAUCAAGACGAUGGUGAGGACAGUUGUUGUAGUCGUGAGAGCCUGAUAUCUGUCUGUGGACAGUGUACAGCCGACUGUAGGAGAUCAGUGACGGUCCACAACCAAAGACGAACACCGUCCUCCAGAAGUAUGAACGGAAAGUGGAAGGAGCCUGGGUCCCCCGAGGUGUGUAAUGGGCGUGUCCCUCCUGACCCCCCCAGCAUGACACUAAGUCUACAGGAUAUGCUAGAGCAAUCUUGUUCAUCGGAAGACGAUGACUUCUAUCGGAAGGAGGACAUACAGACCUUCAAAGCAAACCAGUCGCAGGUGCUUCAGCAAAGACAGGAGCUACGAGAGACAUUACGACAACGCUUUGACAGCAUGCAGCAGCGCAUUACAGACCGCACCCCACUGAGCGCUCAUCGGAUGGACUUGGACAAGCUGGCAGAGCACCUCCUCAAUCUGUGACACACCCCCUUCACUCUCAGACACACCCCUUUACUCCGCCUACCUCAGCCGGCAUUUCCAUGGCUGUUAUAUUUUGACUGGCAAUCGCCACUGGGAUAGCUAUUCU